ACGUGUGUCACCCUGCUGGAUCAGGAGCUCUACAACCCUAAAGGCAUUGCCCUGGACCCCCUCAUGGGGUGAGCGUUGCCCCACUAAUAACCCCAUAGACUUCUAAGAAGUGCCCUUGUGUACUUCCCCUGGGUCCGUCUGGUCAGGUGACUGCCCACCCAGCCCUUAGUCAGUCAAAACACUUCCUCCUCUAAGACACAGACACAUUUACAUUUACAUUUACAUCAUUUAGCAGACGCUCUUAUCCAGAGCGACUUACAAAUUGGUGCAUUCAAUUUAUGAUAGCCAGUGGGACAACCUUUUUUUUCCUUCUUUUUUUAUGGGGGAGGGGGGGGGAUUGUCUCCUGAGUGGCGCAGUGGUCUAAGGCACUGCAUCGCAGUGCGAACUGUGUCACUAGAGAUCCUGGUUCGAAUCCAGGCUCUGUCGCAGCCGGCCGCGACCGGGAGACUCAUGGGCGGCGCACAAUUGGCCCAGCGUCGUCCAGGGUAGGGGAGGGGAGGGAAUGGCCGGCAGGGAUAUAGCUCAGUUGAUAGAGCAUGGCGUUUGCAACGCCAGGGUUGUGGGUUCGAUUCCCACGGGGGGCCAGUAUAAAAAUAAAAAAAUGUAUUCACUAACUGUAAGUCGCUCUGGAUAAGAGCGUCUGCUAAAUGACUAAAAUGUAAAUGUAAAAAUGGAUAGAAGGAUUACUUUAUACUAUUCCAGGUAUUCCUUAAAGAGGUAGGGUUUCAAGUGUCUCCGGAAGGUGGUCAGUGACUCCGCUGUCCUGGCGUCGUGGGGGAGCUUGUUCCACCAUUGGGGUGCCAGAGCAGCGAAUAGCUUUGACUGGGCUGAGCGGGAACUGUGCUUGAGUAGAGGUAGGGGAGCUAGCAGGCCAGAGGUGGAUGAACGUAGUGCCCUCGUUUGGGUGUAGGGUCUGAUCAGAGCCUGAAGGUAAGGAGGUGCCGUUCCCCUCACAGGUCCGUAGGCAAGCACCAUGGUCUUGUAGUAGAUGCAAGCCUCAACUGGAAGCCAGUGGAGUGUGCGGAGGAGCGGGGUGACAUGAGAGAACUUGGGAAGGUUGAACACCAGACGGGCUGCAGCGUUCUGGAUAAGUUGUAGGGGUUUAAUGGCACAGGCAGGGAGCCCAGCCAACAGCGAGUUGCAGUAAUCCAGACGGGAGAUGACAAGUGCCUGGAUUAGGACCUGUGCUGCUUUCUGUGUAAGGUAGGGUCGUACUCUGCGAAUGUUGUAGAGCAUGAACCUCCAGAGUGCAAAGAACGCCAAGGUUCUUUGCACUCUGGGAGGAGGACACAAUGGAGUUGUCAACCGUGAUGGCGAGAUCAUGGAGCGGGCAGUCCUUCCCCGGGAGGAAGAGCAGCUCCGUCUUGCCGAGGUUCAGCUUGAGGUGGUGAUCCGACAUCCACACUGAUAUAUCAGAAAAGAAAGGAGAACAUUAAUUGUGUGUCGUCUGCGUAGCAAUGAUAGGAGAGACCAUGUGAGGAUAUGACAGAGCCAAGUGACUUGGUGUAUGAAAAUGUAUGCACUCACUAACUGUAAGUCGCUCUGGAUAAGAGCGUCUGCUAAAUGACUAAAAUGUAAAUGUAAAAAAUGUGUAUAGAGAGAAUAGGAGAGGGCCUAGAACUGAGCCCUGGGGGACACCAGUGGUGAGAGCACGUGGUGCGGAGACAGAUUCUCGCCACGCCACCUGGUAGGAGCGACCUGUCAGGUAGGACGCAAUCCAAGAGUGAGCAGCGCCGGAGAUGCCUAACUCGGAGAGGGUGGAGAGGAGGAUCUGAUGGUUCACCUUGCUGACUCUGGCACGUCAAAAUAGUUUGGUGCAUCUUGAAUGUGAGGGGUCAAAUAUAAAUUGAAGAAGUACAUUAUAAUGGGGUCAGUCCUCCCUUUCCUCAAUGUAAUAUUCCCAUGCACUGCUCUACCUCCCCUCACUCCCUACAGGAAGGUGUUCUUCACAGACUACGGUCAGACUCCCAAGGUGGAGCGUUGUGACAUGGACGGUCAGAACCGGACCAAGCUGGUGGACAGUAAGAUCGUGUUCCCCCACGGUAUCACCCUGGACCUGGUCAACAGGCUGGUGUACUGGGCUGAUGCCUACCUGGACUACAUAGAGGUGGUGGACUACGAAGGCAAGAACAGACACACCAUCAUACAAGGCCUGCUGGUGAGGACAUACACACACACACCACACACACCCACCACACUCCCACACACACACACACACACACAUACACAAUACAUACACAGACACCAACUCAGACAGUGUUUCUGUUGUUCAUUCUUUUAGAUUGAACACCUUUAUGGGCUGACGGUGUUUGAGAACUACCUGUACGCCACCAACUCAGAUGAAGGCAACCUGAACCCCGCUAAGACCAGUGUGAUCCGGAUCAACCGCUUCAACUCCUCUGACUACACGGUGGUUACCAGGGUGGACCGCGGCGCCGCCCUGCACGUGUACCAUCAGAGACGCCAACCCCCAGGUAGGUUCACACCCACAACCCCCAGUGUAUCUACCCAGGAUAGCCGCUGUAGGUAUGGGGCAAUCUUUGCCAUGGAGUUUGGAACGUAGUGUGCACAGGUUUUUGUUCCAGCCCUGCACGUGUACCACCAGACACUCCAACCUCCAUGUAGGUACACGCCUAGGGUAACAAAAUGAUGGUAAUGUUCCAAAAUUCUCAGGUUUUCCUGAAAUCCUGGUUGGAGUAGUCCAGAUGGGUAUCUAUCUGUCUGUAUCUAUCAUCAUAGUUGUAGCCAUGUUGGUGCAUAGUGCUGACCAUUCGCUUCUGACCUCUGACCUCUGCCCCCUGACCCCUCUCUUGUCCCCUGGUGCCCAGUGAGAGAGAAGAGUCAUGCCUGUGCCCCGGACCAGUUUAAGAAGCCAGGAGGCUGCUCAGACAUCUGUCUGCUGGGGAACAGCCACAAGACCCGGACCUGCCGCUGCCGCUCUGGAUUCAGCCUGGGCAGUGAUGGGAAGUCCUGCAAGAGUGAGUACUUUACAUACAUUAAGUUUUUAAUUGAAUUGAAUUGAAUGCCAUACAAUGAGCAUAGCAUGGAAAUCACACACAACAGCACAUCUCAGCUCAGUACAGAACUCCAUACAGAACAGACCUGCAAUUUAUUUAGUAGUAAUAUGAGUUUAGUAAAAUCUCUAGAAGCAAGAAAAUGUACCAUUUACAUCACUUUUGACAUUCUCUUUGGACAUAAAAGGUCUUGUUGUUGUGUUGCUCCAAUCUUGUAAUUAACCGUUCAGCGAUGUUCCCAUGACGAUGAUUUAAAAUAAGCAAAAGAGCAGUAACUGCUCAUAGAGUGAAAGUUUUUUUUAUUGUCCAGCCAAAUGAAUUGUAUUCAGAUUAUUAGAGAUGUGGUUAUCUGUCUUACUAUGAGGUUAUUUUUUAUUCAUAUUGACCCUGACCACUGACAUGACCUUUGACCCUAGAAGGCAGUUACUGCCUUCUUGCUUGGUACAGCCACUGGAAUACGUUUCCAUUAUGAUUUUUUUUUAAAUACAAUCUUGUGUUAGUAUAUUUAUUUGUAUGUGGCUGUCUGUGUCAUAUAGUUUGAUAUCAGCAAAGAACAAUAAAUAAUACCAAGGUUUACCGUAGACACUGCAGCCCAAAGUUCAGUGAAACCAAAGUAAAAGGCAGUAACUGACGUGAGUGAUGGCAGUUACUGCCUUUUUCCUUGGUUUCACUUUAACUUUUUGCGGUUACUGCCCCGCUUUUCUCCAUAAUACAAUACAAUGGGAGGCAGGAUAUUUGUCCACAUGAUAAAGCAUGUAUUUAAUGUAUAAAAAAUGUAAAUAACUCAUUUUUGACCAAAUGUGCAGUUACUGCUCUUUUGCUUGGUAGGACAGUAAUGUUGUCUGAUGUUCCCUCUGCAGAACCUGAACAUGAGUUGUUCCUGGUGUACGGUAAGGGUCGCCCUGGCAUCAUCCGUGGUAUGGACAUGAAUGCCAAGGUCCCAGACGAGUACAUGAUCCCCAUUGAGAAUCUGAUGAACCCGAGGGCGCUGGACUUCCACGCCGAGAGCGAAUUCAUCUACUUCGCUGACGCCGUGAGUUUCAUAAUUGGACGGCAGAAGAUCGACGGCACCGAGAGAGACACCAUACUGAAGGACGGUAAGGACUGAUCUAGUACCAUAGUAUUUAACAUUAAAUGCAUUUCAACAACCCUCUGUUCCACCCUAUUACAAAAUCAAAUCGCAAUUCAUAUAGAACCGUGAUGCAUAUAGAAUCACGAGAUGUAUCACAUCGUGACCUAGGAAUUGUGGUACGAAUUCUGUCAUGAGGUCCCUGCCAAUACCAAGCCCUACUAGACAGUCACCGUCUCUCUUUCUCCCUCCCGCUCUCCCUUCCUCUAUCCCUCUGUCCCUUCCUCCCUCCUUUCCUUCCCUCAGGCGUCCACACCGUGGAGGGGAUAGCGGUAGACUGGAUGGCAGGUAACCUAUACUGGACAGACGACGGGCCCAUGAAGACCAUCAGUGUGGCCAGGUUGGAGAAGGCCUCUCAGACACGCAAGACCCUCAUCGAGGGCAAGAUGACCCACCCCCGCGCCAUCGUAGUGGACCCCCAGCACGGGUCAGACAUUAUACCCUCCUUAUGUUCCAUUGCUACAGUAUACAUCUCACGCAGAGACAUCACCCUAUGAGAAUGUAUUGAAAAAUGUCUGUGAUUUUCCCAAAAUUCUAGGUUUUCCAGAAAUACUGGUUGGAGGAUUCCUGGAUUUCCUGAUUUUUGGGGGAUUUCUGGGAAACCUGGGAAUUUGGGGAAAGUUACUGGAAGUUUACAACCCUAGUAUUUCUCUAACAGAACGAGUGAUUGUGUUCCAGGUGGAUGUACUGGACGGACUGGGAGGAGGACCCCAAGAAGACUAACCGAGGGAAGAUCAAGAAGGCAUGGAUGGACGGCUCUCACGACCAGGUCCUGCUGACCAGUAAGACAGUGCUGUGGCCCAACGGCCUGAGUCUGAACAUCCCACAGGGCAUCCUGUACUGGGUGGAUGCCUACUACGACCGCAUUGAGAUGGUUUACCUCAACACCACCGAGCGCAAGGUCAGUUAGACUGGUUACUAAGCCUAGCCCUAACCCCAAUGAUCACGCAUGGACAAAUCUCCCCACCAGAGACCGGGGUUCAGUCCCCGCAUCCACACUUCCUACUGUUUCUCCCACCUGCCUGUAUCCCAUCUGAUUGCCAAACUGUCUAAAUAAAGUGUCAGCAAAUAUGUAUAUAUUAAAAUGGUUUUGACCUUCAUCUUGACCAUGAUCCGUGUCCCAUGAUCAUUUUCUCUCUCUCAUUGGUCAGAUGGUAUACGAGGGAAGUGAGUUGAACCACGCCUUCGGCCUGUGUCACUACAAGCACUUCCUGUUUUGGAACGAGUACCGCGGCGGCAGCAUCUUCAAACUGGACACCACCACCAGCACUGUGACGCUGCUCCGCAAUGAACGGCCACCCCUCUUCGAGAUCCGCGUGUAUGACGCUCACCAGCAGCAAGGUAACUUUAAUGGAUAAUACUUUACUAGGUAACACUAUAUGGGUAACACUAUAUGGGUAACACUAUAUGGGUAACACUACAUGGGUAACACUACAUGGGUAACACUAUGUGGGUAACACUAGGUAACACUACAUGGGUAACACUAUAUGGGUAACACUAUGUGGGUAACACUAGGUAACAAUAUAUGGAUAACACUAUAAGGGUAACACUACAUGGGUAACACUACAUGGGUAACACUAUGUGGGUAACACUAGGUAACACUACAUGGGUAACACUAGGUAACACUAUAUGGAUAACACUAUAUGGGUAACACUACAUGGUAACACUAUGUGGGUAACACUAGGUAACACUACAUGGGUAACACUAGGUAACACUGCAUGGGUAACACUAGGUAGCACUAUAUGGGUAACAUUAUAUGGGUAACACUAGGUAACACUACAUGGGUAACACUAUAUACAGUGCAUUCGGAAUGAAUUCAGACCCCUUGACUUUUUCCACAUUUUGUUACGUUACAGCCUUAUUCUAAAAUGGAUUAAAUUGUUUUUUCCCCCCGUCAUCAAUCUGCAAACGAUACCCCAUAAUGACAAAACCAAAACAUGUUUGAAAAAAAUAGCACAUUUAUUAAAAAGAAAAAACGGAAAUGUCACAUUUACAUAAGUAUUCAGACCUUUUACUCAGUACUUUGUUGAAUUACCUUUGACAGCGAUUACAGCCUCGAGUAUGUAUUUGGGGAGUUUCUCCCAUUCGUCUCUGCAGAUCCUCUCAAGCUCUUGGGGAGCGUCGCUGCACAGUUAUUUUCAGGUCUCUCCAGAGAUGUUCGAUCGGGUUCAAGUCUGGGCUCUGGCUGGGUCACUCAAGGACAUUCUGAGACUUGUCCCGAAACCACUUCUGCGUUGUCUUGGCUGUUUGCGUAGGGUCGUUGUCCUAUUGGAAGGUGAACGUUCACCCCAGUCUGAGGUCCUGAGCGCUUUGGAGCAGGUUUUCAUCGAGGAUCUCUCUGUACUUUGCUCCGUUCAUCUUUCCCUCGAUCCUGACUAGUCUCCCAGUCCCUGCCGCUGAAAAACAUCCCCACAGCAUGAUGCUGCCACCAGAAUGCUUCACUGUAGGGAUGGUGCCAGGUUUCCUCCAGACGUGACGCUUGGCAUUCAGGCCAAAGUGUUCAAUCUUGGUUUCAUCAGACCAGAGAAUCUUGUUUCUCAUGGUCUGAGUCCUUUAGGUGCCUUUUGGCAAACUCCAAGCGGGCUGUCAUGUGCCUUUUACUGAGGAGUUGCUUCCGUCUGGCCACUCUACCAUAAAGGCCUGAUUGGUGGAGUGCUGCGGAGAUAGUUGUCCUUCUGGAAGGUUCUCCCAUCUCCACAGAGGAACUCUGGAGCUCUGUCAGAGUGACCAUUGGGUUCUUGGUCACCUCCCUGACCAAAGCCCUUCCCCCGAUUACUCAGUUUGACCGGGCGGCCAGCUCUAGGAAGAGUCUUGGUGGUUCCAAACUUCUUCCAUUUAAGAAUGAUAGAGGCCACUGGCCACUUCAAUGAUGCAGACAUUUUUUGGUACCCUUCCCCAGAUCUGUGCCUCAACACAAUCCUGUCUCGGAGCUCUACGGACAAUUCCUUCGACCUCAUGGCUUUGUUUUUGCUCUGACAUGCACUGUCAACUGUGGGACCUUAUAUAGACAGGUGUGUGCCUUUCCAAAUCAUGUCCAAUCAAUUGAAUUUACCACAGGUGGACUCCAAUCUAGUUGUAGAAACAUCUCAAGGAUGAUCAAUGGAAACAGGAUGCACCUGAGCUCAAUUUCGAGUCUCAUAUCGAAGGGUCUGAAUACUUAUGUAAAUAAGGUAUUUCUGUUUUUUAUUUUUAAUACAUUUGCAAAAAAUUAGAAAAACCUGUUUUCGCUUUGUCAUUAUGGGGUAUUGUGUGUAGAUUGAUGAAGAAAGUUUUUUAUUGAAUCCAUUUUAGAAGAAGGCUGUAACAUAACAAAAUGUGGAAAAAGUCAAGGGGUCUGAAUAUUUUCUGAAUGCACUGUAGGUAAUACUAGCUAACACUAUAUAGGUAACACUAGAUAACAAUAGCUAACACUAAAUGGGUAACACUAGGUAAUACUAGCUAACACUAUAUGGGUAACACUAGCUAGGUAACACUAGCUAACACUAUAUGGGUAACACUAGGUGACACUAACUAACACUAUAUGGGUAACACUAGGUGACACUAACUAACACUAUAUGGGUAACACUAGGUGACACUAACUAACACUAUAUGGGUAACACUAGGUGACACUAACUAACACUAUAUGGGUAACACUAGGUGACACUAACUAACACUAUAUGGGUAACACUAGGUAAUACCUGGGCCUGGGCAUUGUUGUUCACUAAUUUACUCCAAGUAGGGAAAGGAUGGUGGGGUUGAAAAGUAAUAAAGGGGAGUAUAUAUAUAAAAAAUACCAAAAAACAUGGGGGAUUGGAAGUGAUGCAGACAAUUACAUUGAUAGAAGAUACAAUCUAUCUGCAAUAUUAAGCUGAUCCAUAAAAACCCUAGGUAAUACUAGCUAACACUAUAUGGGUAAUACUAGCUAACACUAUAUGGGUAACACUAGCUAACACUAUAUGGGUAACACUAGGUAAUACUAGCUAACACUAUAUGGGUAAUACUAGCUAACACUAUAUGGGUAAUACUAGCUAACACUAUAUGGGUAACACUAGCUAACACUAUAUGGGUAACACUAGCGAACACUAUAUGGGUAACACUAGGUAACACUAGCUAACACUAUAUGGGUAACACUAGGUACUACUAGCUAACACUAUAUGGGUAACACUAGCGAACACUAUAUGGGUAACACUAGGUAACACUAGCUAACACUAUAUGGGUAAUACUAGCUAACACUAUAUGGGUAACACUAGGUAAUACUAGCUAACACUAUAUGGGUAACACUAGGUAACACUAGCGAACACUAUAUGGGUAACACUAGGUAACACUAGCUAACACUAUAUGGGUAACACUAGCGAACACUAUAUGGGUAACACUAGCUAACACUAUAUGGGUAAUACUAGCUAACACUAUAUGGGUAAUACUAGCUAACACUAUAUGGGUAACACUAGCUAACACUAUAUGGGUAAUACUAGCUAACACUAUAUGGGUAAUACUAGGUAAUACUAGCUAACACUAUAAGGGUAAUACUAGCUAACACUAUAUGGGUAAUACUAGGUAACACUAUAUGGGUAACACAAGGUAACACUAUAUGGGUAAUACUAGCUAACACUAUAUGGGUAAUACUAGGUAACACUAGCUAACACUAUAUGGGUAACACUAGGUAACACUAUAUGGGUAAUACUAGCUAACACUAUAUGGGUAACACUAGCUAACACUAUAUGGGUAAUACUAGGUAACACUAGCUAACACUAUAUGGGUAACACUAGGUAACACUAUAUGGGUAAUACUAGCUAACACUAUAUGGGUAACACUAGCUAACACUAUAUGGGUAAUACUAGGUAACACUAGCUAACACUAUAUGGGUAACACUAGGUAACACUAUAUGGGUAAUACUAGCUAACACUAUAUGGGUAACACUAGCUAACGCUAUAUGGGUAACAAUAGGUAAUACUAUAUGGGUAAAACUAGCUAACACUAUAUGGGUAAUACUAGCUAACACUAUAUGGGUAACACUAGCUAACACUAUAUGGGUAGUACUAGCUAACACUAUAUGGGUAAUACUAGCUAACACUAUAUGGAUAACACUAGCUAACACUAUAUGGGUAGUACUAGCUAACACUAUAUGGGUAACACUAGCUAACACUAUAUGGGUAAUACUAGCUAACACUAUAUGGGUAAUACUAGCUAACACUAUAUGUGUAAUACUAGCUAACACUAUAUGGGUAAUACUAGCUAACACUAUAUGGGUAACACUAGCUAACACUAUAUGGGUAGUACUAGCUAACACUAUAUGGGUAACACUCGCUAACACUAUAUGGGUAAUACUAGCUAACACUAUAUGGGUAACACUAGCUAACACUAUUUGUGUAAUACUAGCUAACACUAUAUGGGUAACACUAGCUAACACUAUAUGGGUAAUACUAGCUAACACUAUAUGGGUAAUACUAGCUAACACUAUAUGGGUAAUACUAGCUAACACUAUAAGGGUAAUACUAGCUAACACUAUAUGGGUAAUACUAGCUAACACUAUAUGGGUAACACUAGGGAAGACUAGCUAACACUAUAUGGGUAAUACUAGCUAACACUAUAUGGGUAAUACUAGCUAACACUAUAUGGGUAAUACUAGCUAACACUAUAUGGGUAAUACUAGCUAACACUAUAUGGGUAAUACUAGCUAACACUAUAUGGGUAAUACUAGCUAACACUAUAUGGGUAAUACUAGCUAACACUAUAUGGGUAACACUAGCUAACACUAUAUGGGUAAUACUAGCUAGCACUAUAUGGGUAACACUAGCUAACACUAUAUGGGUAACACUAGGUAACACUAGCGAACACUAUAUGGUUAACACAAGGUAACACUAUAUAAUACAUUGAACAAGCAAGUCAUAAAGUGUCAUCAUAACACAUGCCAAAACUUCUUAUGUCACAAAAUGUCAUAAAAGGUUAUAAUAUGUCAGUGAUUUAGCUAGACUAGAUGUGAAUGAAUGAAUGCAUGAAUAAAUUAAUACUUUAAUGAAAUUAGCUUGGUAACAAUGCUAACGGUCCUGUCUGCCUGUCUUCUGUUUGUGUUUCUAAAGGCACCAACCUGUGUCGUGUGAAAAACGGUGGCUGCAGCAGUCUGUGUCUAGCUAUCCCUGACGGCAGGUCCUGUGGCUGUGCUGACGACCAGAUUCUGGAUGGCGACAAUGUCACCUGUAAAGGUAUGCAUUGGGAUGGUCUCAAUUAGAAUAGUUUAAAAGAUGACUUGAUCUGGGAUUCAGGAUGGAAUGGCAAUGUUUAAGCUGGUGAGUGGUCAGCUGAAUACGUUCUAAUAGCCCUCAUAAGUAGAUAAAUGCAUCCUGUAUAUGAACAGCUGAGAUUGAGAGACGUUGCUCUGCUACAGUAACAGUCUUCUCCUCUCUCUCUCUCUCUCUCUCUCUCUCUCUCUCUCUCUCUCUCUCCCCAGCCAACCCCACCUACAUCCCUCCUCCUCAGUGUCAGCCCGGAGAGUUUGCCUGUAAGAACAACCGCUGUAUCCAGGAGCGAUGGAAGUGUGACGGUGACAACGACUGUUUGGACAACAGCGACGAGGCGCCCGAGCUCUGCCGUGAGUAGUGUCACACCGCCACUCCGUCGCCAUGGUUACUGAGCAACACACACACAACAACAACAACAACAACAACAACAACAAUGCAUGAGACGCACAGUUGAUAAUCCUGAGCUGAGUGGGAGCAGCAGCAGAGCAUGAGCUUCGUUUAAAGCUGAUCCAGCACUUAUACUGCCUCUUUUUGAAACAUGCAUCAAUUGAAUAUUAAAUAUAAAUUGAGUGUUAAAUAGGCCCAUAGUUCCUCUCUUCAUGCGACAAUUAGUAACACUAGAAUUCCUCUGUGUAUACAUGAAAGUAUACACAGAGGACUUCCAGUGCAUGACAGAGCAGUCGGAGCAGCAGAAGCUCCAGCAUCCUAAAGCAUAAUGUGCUUAUAGAUGUGUAAUGUCAGCUUUAUGAACUUACAGUUAAUGUAAAUCCCCUUAUAUUAGGCCAGUUAUAGGAGACUCUGUGACACAGUCCCUCUCGUAGAGAUACUGUAUAAACAUGUUCUAAUUCUAUUGAUCUUACAUUCUAAUUUUAAUGUUCUAAAUCUAUUGAUAUUGAAUUCUAAUUCUAAUGUUCUAAUUCUAUUGAUCUUACAUUCUAAUUCUAAUGUUCUAUUUCUACUGUCUGUCUUUUCUCUCCUCCAGACCAGCACACGUGUCCAUCGGACCGGUUCAAGUGCCAGAACAACCGCUGUAUCCCCCUUCGCUGGCUCUGUGACGGGGACAAUGACUGUGGAAAUGAUGAGGAUGAGUCUAAUACUACCUGCUCAGGUACACACACACACACACACACACACACACACACACACACACACACACACACACACACGCACAGAGACACUACACCUACACACCCACACACUACAUACACUAGACACACACAGUGUUGGGGAAGCUACUCUGAAACCAGUUUAUGAAAAUGUAUUUUACCUUUAUUUAACUAGGCAAGUCAGUUAAGAACAAAUUCUUAUUUACAAUGACGGCCUACACCGGCCAAACCCGGACGACGCUGGGCCAAUUGUGCGCCGCCCUAUGGGACUCCCAAUCACGGCCGGUUGUGAUACAGCCUGGAAUUGAACCAGGGGGUCUGUAGUGACGCCUCAAGCACUGAGAUGCAGUGCCUUAGACCGCUAAGAUACAUUAAAGCUGCUCUUAAGAAACAUACAGUUUACUUAACUAAAAUUACAUUGAAAAGGUAGUUCACUACAUGCAAACUGCUUCGUGAUCAAUUAUCAUAUCUAAAUCUGAAAUGUCAUAGACUACAAAUUGCAAGAACAGAUCACUCUGGAGUCAGAUCUUAACAGAAUGUGUAAUUUAGCCUCUUAAACAAAAAAACUAUGUUUCAGGUCAGCAUUAGGCAGGUCUACUUCACCCAUAUUUUCUGUUAUUUUUGCACAAAAAAGUAGUACGUUGUUCCAGUAGUUAGCUACACCGCUACAUGGUACAAAAGUAAUUAAUUACUGAAAACAAUACCUAGUUUAACUACCACCAAGCUACUGUAAAAUGUAGUUACAUUAUUAGUUGAACUACAUGUAAUUAACUACUCCCCAACACUGCACACACACUCGCACACACACACACACACACAUAUACACACACACACCUUUCCCAUCUCUCUAUUAUGCUAUUAUCCUCCACCCCUUUCAAGCUCGUACGUGCCCGCCCAACCAGUAUGCGUGUGCCAGUGGGCGCUGCAUCCCCACUUCCUGGACAUGUGACCUGGAUGAUGACUGUGGGGACCGUUCUGACGAGCCGGCCUCCUGUGGUGGGUCCUUUUCUCAUCACACAUAACCUCUGUAGCAUCCUAUAUUUUGCUGGGUAGUUUAACAUUGGAAACUCAACUCACUAUACCUGAAGCCUGGUCAUCAGAUUUAUUUAUGCUUUAGCCAACCAACAGUUUGGUUAGUUUAUUUAUGCUUUAGCCAACCAACAGUUUGGUUAGUUUGGGGUUUUAGACAGUCCCACUACUUCGUUUCAAGUGGGCCAAGAGAGGUCAGUUUGUUGCCCAUGAUGGUGUUUCUAGGAUGCCAUUUUGAAAGGUUCCCUCUCUCCUCCUCCCCCAGCCUACCCCACCUGUUUCCCCCUCACCCAGUUCACCUGUGCCAACGGACGCUGCAUCAACGUCAACUGGCGCUGUGAUAACGGUGAGCAUUAAUCUCCUUCAAGCAUUAUAAGCAUUACAAUUCCUAAGCAUUUAUAACCUGUAUACGAAUGUAUUAAGCAUUUAUAAGCAUUUAUAAUGGGUUAUUCAUGAAAGUUCUUAAUAAAUGUUACCUGUGUGUGUGUGUCUCUGUGCGUCUCUGCGUGCAUUUGUGUGUGUGUGAGUGCACCUGCCUUCUCUGCCUGCCUCUCUCUCUCUCUCUCUCUCUCUCUCUCUCUCUCUCGCUCUGUCUCUCUCAUGUGUGUGUUCAGACAACGACUGUGGUGACAACAGUGAUGAGGCAGGUUGCAGCCACUCCUGCUCCAGUGUUCAGUUUAAGUGUAACAGCGGCCGCUGCAUCCCUGAGUACUGGACCUGUGAUGGGGACAACGACUGUGGAGACUACAGCGACGAGACACACGCCAACUGUACCAACCAGGGUAGGCACUGAUACUGGUACUGCCGUUGUGCCCUUGAGCAAGGCACUUAACCCAGAAACCGCUCUAGAGGCUCUGCACUGUGCCUGACCCUGUCUUCCAACACCUCAGGGCGGAUGUUGGUGAUCUGAAAAGAAUAUGGACUAGUAUUGUUCUUUACUGUACCACCCGUAUGGAGCUGAAGGAGAGCACCUUACUCUCCUUUAUAGUACACAACGCAGGAGAGGGACGUUGAGCUCAUAGUGAAAUUCAAGUGUUUGCAUGAUUCUCCCAGUCUGCAUUGCAGUUUGCAUUUCUCUUCACAUGAAGGAGGGUAUACAGUAUAUUUGUCAUUUUUUAGUAUACUAGUAUACUGUCACCGCAUUAAAUGCCUGUAUCAUAUGUCAGGCUGUGUAUAUGUCAUUCCACAAACUGCUGGAGUUUGUAGAAUCAAUGUUUGUUAGAAUGAUGACAGGCUCAGUGUUCUGCUGGUUGUGCUCUCUGUAAUGUCUGCAUGUCUCAGCCUGCCCCGUAGCCACCAGGACAUCACAUUAAACUAAUCCUUCAUGUUGCUGCUCUCAGGGAUAUGUUUAUGCUUUGCGGUUAGCUGAGCUUUCAGACAGAUCUCAAACAAAUCCACCCCUCAACAUUAACAAUGCCUCUCUUCAGUAUGGCUUGCUGAAAUCGUGCAGUUGUAUUGUUUAAUAUAGCUGGUCACGUCCAACUUCCCUUUAGUUUAAAUACUAUUCCUGAAAAGAAAGUGAAGUCAGCUGAAGUCUAAACAAUGGCUGGAGUUGGAAGAGCUGGCCAGAGGUAAGCAGUGUCUCUGGUGAGGCGGUGAGGGGCUUGGUAAUGACUAACCGGUAAUAACUCUGUAAUGACUAACAAGUAAUGACUAGGUAAUGACUAACUGGUACGGACUCGGUAAUGACUAACUGGUAAUGACUCUGCAAUGACUAAUGGGUAAUGACUCUGUAAUUACCAAUGGGUAAUGACUCUGUAAUGACUAAUGGGUAAUGACUCUGUAAUGACUAAUGGUUAAUGACUCUGUAAUUACUAAUGGGUAAUGACUCUGUAAUUACUAAGGGGUAAUGACUCUGUAAUGACUAAACGGUAAUGACUAACUAGACUAACUAGUAAUGACUAGCCGGUAAUGACUAACUAGACUAACCAGUAAUGACUAACCGAUAAUGACUAGGUAAUGACUAACCGGUAAUGACUAGGUAAUGACUAACCGGUAAUGACUAGGUAAUGACUAACCGGUAAUGACUCUGUAAUGACUAACUGGUAAUGACUCAGUAAUGACUAACUGGUAAUGACUAGGUAAUGACUUACUGGUAAUGACUUUGCUGUGAUGCUGUGGCGGAGUUCAGAGGAGGCCAGGCAGAGCUUCCAAAGCCCUCUCUCUAACUCUCAGACUCUCGAACUCUCUCUCUCGAACUCGCUCGCUCUCUCGCUAACUCUCUCUAACUCUCUCUAACACUCUCUCUCUCUUUUUCUUCAGCACUCAGUUUGCAUUUGAGAGAGGAGUUAAUUGCUUAGAAGUUGGCCUGCCCUGGAAUGACAGGGGAGAAGUGUGUGUGUUUGUGUGCGCGCGUGUGCAUGUGUGUGUGCUCAUGCAGGUGUGCGUCUUUGAGUCCAGCACGAAACAUUGAGGCCAGCAUGGACUUUUGGCCAACUGAGAGAUCUGUGCUUAGUAUGAGUGUGUGUGUGUGUGUGUGUUUGUUUGUGUGUGUGUGUGUGUGUGUGUGUGUGCGCCUGUGUGCGUGUGUGCGUGCAUGCAUACCGAACCCUCUGGAAGUAAUUAGUUAGGGAAGAAAAACAAAACUAUUGGCUUCCCCAGUUCCCUUCUCUCAUGUAUUGUGUUCCACUUAGGAUAGGUCCUUGACCUUUUCCCUAUGCCAACUGCUGACCCUUGCCAUGGAGGGAUUUAAUUAUUCCACUUCCUUAAUGAUAUCCUUAAUCUUCCUCUAAUAUCAGGCGAUGAUGUCUGUGAGAACAGAACAAAACAUUUAGUCAUUGCUUGUUUUUUACAGAGAACCAUCUGGAGACUUAACCCAGUCUAAGCCUGCAGACCUACAUGUCAAUGACUAACUGGCCUAGGUUGCCAUAUUUAAUGGAGUUGUGUGUUAUGAAGGUUUUUUCCACUAUUAUUGAAUGGUUAAGGUUGGUUAAGGUUUUUCUUUGUUUGGGAUCUUUUACAUGGGUUAAGUAAUCAGCUAAAGUGAAGUCUCUUUCCAAUGUUCGGUAGCAUUCCAUCUUUAUAAUAAUAAUAAUAUAAUAAGCCAUUUAGCAGACGCUUUUAUCCAAAGCGACUUACAGUCAUACGUGCAUACAUUUUUGUGUAUGGGUGGUCCCGGGGAUCGAACCCACUACCUUGGCGUUACAAGCGCCAUGCUCUACCAGCUGAGCUGGAUCUUUCUCUGACCUUCGAACUCAAUCCGCCAAUAGUUGAUGUAUACGUUCUUAUUACUCACCUCCAGCUGUCUAAAUGUUGCCCUUGGGGUCAGAUCACUUGUGUUAAUUUUUAUCUUGUGUUUUUGGGCCAGUUUUGUUAAGGGGUCACUCUCUGGGUAGACACUGUUGUCCAUAAAUGCUCUAUGCACUCUCUCUGUCUCUCUCAUCUCUCUCUCGCUCUCGCUCUCGCUCUCUCUCUCUCUCUCGCUCUCGCUCUCGCUCUCUCGAUUCCCUAAUAAAAGUGUGCUUUCGCUUAACUUGUUGCUCACCAUGCUCUAUUCCCCUCUGCUAUUGGAUAACUCUGCUAUUGGCUAACUCUGCUAUUGGCUACUACUGUGAUAUGUGGUUGUCUCACCCAUUUAUCUUAAGAUGAAUGUACUAACUGUAAGUCACUCUGGAUAAGAGCGUAUGCUAAAUGACUAAAAUGUAAAAAUGUGAAUGUAACUCGGAUCUCUCUCCAUGUGUCUCCCUAGCAACACGUCCUCCAGGUGGUUGCCACGUGGAUGAGUUCCAGUGUCGCAUGGACAGCCUGUGCAUCCCCAUGCGCUGGCACUGUGACGGGGACACAGACUGCAUGGACCUGAGUGAUGAGAAUGACUGUGAGGGAGUGACACACAUGUGUGACCCAGCUGUCAAGUUCAGCUGCAGGAACUCUGGUGAGUGUGUGGUGGCCUUUUCAGCCCUCAAGUGCAAUUGGCUAACCACUCUCUCGUCCUGUCUCUUCCUCUUUGCUAUUGGCUAACUGAGUGUUUGGUCUUUAUUGUUCUAAUCAGAUCAGUCAGUUAGGAUUCAGGAAGUGAAGGCUCUGGUGUGUGCCAUGGUCUUUUCUGUCCUCAUGAGAUUAGUCAGUGACAAGUCAGGGAGUCUUCAUGCCAUAAAUAAUAGCCCUGUCUUAGGGCAAGCAUUGUCUGGGCGGACACACACACGCGCGCACACACACACACACACACAAUCACUUAAGAGAGCUUGUUAUGUCAAGGGGCUUGUAGUGAAGAAUAUGACAACCAUCUGCUCUCUAAAAACAAGGAUGGCUUUGACCCCUUGGUUGACCCUUUGACCCCUUUGUUGACCCAUGCAUGACCCCUGGAUGCUCAGGGGAUUAACACGGCCAGCAGCACUCACAAACAGACUGAAUCACUGUAGUUAUUUAGAUUUAUUUCAUAGCAGCAGACACAGCAUGCCAUAUCAGCCAUCUCAAGGGCGCAUCUAUGUUUUUCUAGUAAGAGUUGCGCUUGCCAGAUGUUUCAUGUGGCCAUGAUGUUUAAUUGUCCCUCAGCCUGUUGUAUCAAUAAGGCCUGGGUGUGAUGUUGUCUGGUUAUCUCCUCAGCCUGUUGUAUCAAUAAGGCCUGGGUGUGAUGUUGUCUGGUUAUCUCCUCAGCCUGUUGUAUCAAUAAGGCCUGUGUGUGAUGUUGUCUGGUUAUCUCCUCAGCCUGUUGUAUCAAUAAGGCCUGGGUGUGAUGUUGUCUGGUUAUCUCCUCAGCCUGUUGUAUAAAUAAGGCCUGGGUGUGAUGUUGUCUGGUUAUCUCCUCAGCCUGUUGUAUCAAUAAGGCCUGGGUGUGAUGUUGUCUGGUUAUCUCCUCAGCCUGUUGUAUUAGUAAGGCCUGGGUGUGAUGUUGUCUGGGUAUCCCCUCAGUCUGUUGUAUUAGUAAGACGUGACUUCUGACCUUUACCCUCUGACCUGUCGCCAGCUCGUUGUAUCAGUAAGGCCUGGGUGUGUGAUGGGGACAGUGACUGUGAGGACAAUUCUGAUGAGGACAACUGUGAGGCGUUGGUGUGUAAGCUGUCCCACCAUGUCUGUGCCACCAACGACUCUGUCUGUCUGCCCGCUGAGAAGCUGUGUGACGGCACUGACGACUGCCCUGAUGGCUCCGACGAGAAACUCUGUGGUAUGAAUACACUGUCACACACACUUUCAAACACACAUUAACUCACUCACUCUCCCUACCCAUAACCCUACCACCUCAGUCAAGGUAGGAAUGACCUCUAACGCCACAUCUAAUUGAUUUACCCCCCCCCCCCCCCCCCCCCCCCCCUCUCGCUCUCGACUUCUCUACCCUCCACAGACCUGUGCUCCAUAGACAACGGCGGCUGCAGCCACAACUGCUCCAUUGUCCCUGGGAAAGGCUUCAUGUGUUCCUGCCCCCUGGGUAUGGAGCUGGGCACCGACAACAAGACCUGCCACAUCAUGAACCUCUGUGCCAAGCACCUCAAGUGCAGCCAGAAGUGUGAGCAGGAGAAGAGCAGCGUCAAGUGUUCUUGCUACGAGGGCUGGGAGCUGGAGACAGAUAUGGAGAGCUGCAAGAGCACUGGUGAGAAGGGAGGAGGGGAGAGGAGGGGGAGAGGAGGGGAGAGGAGGGAGGAGGGGAGAGGAGGUAGGAGGGGAGGGGAGGUGAGGAGUAGGGAGGAGGGGAUAGGAGGGUGGAGGGGAGGGGAGGGGGGUAAGGUAGUAGAGAACUAGAAAAGAGGUGUGGUCCUGCUAAAAUGGAUAUGAACUGGAGCCUGAUAUGGAGAGCUGCAAGAGUACCGGUGAGAAGGGGGGUUGGGGUUGGGAUCAGGUUAGGGGAUGGGGGGGGGUUUGGGGAGAGGAGAGAAGGGGAGGGAAAGAGGGUAAAGAAAGUGUGGAGUCAGGUAGUGGAGAAAUAGAAAAGAGAUGGUGUGGGACACAUCAGAUGGAGAAAAUAAUGAUUGAAUGUGUGGUUUAGGGAAGUUCUGCUAAAUAUUGCUCUUUGGCUAAGCUACAGUAUUACUCAGUAGUACUACCCGGUCUCUCAGUGGUUAUGGUUGGGCCCUGAGUGUUUCCUGUCUGACUAUACAACCUGACCAGGAAAAACUUCUACCCUCAGAUCCUUUCAAGCCGUUCAUCAUCUUCUCCAACCGCCAUGAGAUCCGUCGUAUUGACCUCCACAAGGGGGAGUUCAGCGUGCUGGUGCCUAACCUGAGGAACACCAUCGCUCUGGACUUCCACCUCAGCCAGAACACCCUCUACUGGACUGACGUGGUGGAGGACAAGAUCUACCGCGGGAAACUGUCCGACAACGGAGGUGAAGUAUCUCCAUUUAUUCCAGAUAUUUACACUCACAUAACAGUCAAUACAAACUGACAUCCAUGAGAAUACAACACAUUAAUGGAUAAGGGGACAAAAUAAAAUAAAAUACAUUAAAAAAAACAAGAAGUGUCCUGCGUUCUUAAAGAUCUAAAAUGAAGAUAACUACUAUGACUUAUUAUUAGGAAAAUGAAAAGGAUAAUGGUAGAAGAUUGUUCUGGCAAAUACAUCACUGUGUCGAAAGCUCUUUCUCCUGUCUUAGGAGGGAGGUGAGGGUUAGGAGGGAGGUGAGGGUUAGGAGGGAGGUGAGGGGUUAGGAGGGAGGUGAGGGUUAGGAGGGAGGUGAGGGGUUAGGAGGGAGGUGAGGGUUAGGAGGGAGGUGAGGGUUAGGAGGGAGGUGAGGGGUUAGGAGGGAGGUGAGGGUUAGGAGGGAGGUGAGGGGUUAGGAGGGAGGUGAGGGUUAGGAGGGAGGUGAGGGUUAGGAGGGAGGUGAGGGGUUAGGAGGGAGGUGAGGGUUAGGAGGGAGGUGAGGGUGAGGAGGGAGGUGAGGGUUAGGAGGGAGGUGAGGGUGAGGAGGGAGGUGAGGGGUUAGGAGGGAGGUGAGGGUUAGGAGGGAGGUGAGGGUGAGGAGGGAGGUGAGGGUUAGGAGGGAGGUGAGGGUGAGGAGGGAGGUGAGGGGUUAGGAGGGAGGUGAGGGGUUAGGAGGGAGGUGAGGGUUAGGAGAGAGGUGAGGGUUAGGAGGGAGGUGAGGGGUUAGGAUGGAGGUGAGGGGUUAGGAGGGAGGUGAGGGUUAGGAGGGAGGUGAGGGGUUAGGAGGGAGGUGAGGGUUAGGAGGGAGGUGAGGGGUUAGGAGAGAGGUGAGGGUUAGGAGGGAGGUGAGGGGUUAGGAGGGAGGUGAGGGGUUAGGAGGGAGGUGAGGGUUAGGAGGGAGGUGAGGGGUUAGGAGGGAGGUGAGGGUUAGGAGGGAGGUGAGGGGUUAGGAGGGAGGUGAGGGGUUAGGAGGGAGGUGAGGGUUAGGAGGGAGGUGAGGGGUUAGGAGGGAGGUGAGGGUUAGGAGGGAGAUGAGGGGUUAGGAUGGAGGUGAGGGGUUAGGAGGGAGGUGAGGUUAGGAGGGAGGUGAGGGUUAGGAGGGAGGUGAGGGGUUAGGAGGGAGGUGAGGGUUAGGAGGGAGGUGAGGGGUUAGGAGGGAGGUGAGGGUUAGGAGGGAGAUGAGGGGUUAGGAUGGAGGUGAGGGUUAGGAGGGAGGUGAGGGUUAGGAGGGAGGUGUGGGUUAGGAGGGAGGUGAGGGUUAGGAGGGAGGUGAGGGUUAGGAGGGAGGUGAGGGGUUAGGAGGGAGGUGAGGGGUUAGGAGGGAGGUGAGGGUUAGGAGGGAGGUGAGGGGUUAGGAGGGAGGUGAGGGUUAGGAGGGAGGUGAGGGUUAGGGUUAGGAGGGAGGUGAGGGUUAGGAGGGAGGUGAGGGUUAGGAGGGAGGUGAGGGGUUAGGAGGGAGGUGAGGGUUAGCAGGGAGGUGAGGGUUAGGAGGGAGGUGAGGGUUAGGAGGGAGGUGAGGGGUUAGGAGGGAGGUGAGGGUUAGAAGGGAGGUGAGGGGUUAGGAGGGAGGUGAGGGGUUAGGAGGGAGGUGAGGGUUAGGAGGGAGGUGAGGGGUAAGGAGGGAGGUGAGGGUUAGGAGGGAGGUGAGGGGUUAGGAGGGAGGUGAGGGGUUAGGAGGGAGGUGAGGGUUAGGAGAGAGGUGAGGGUUAGGAGGGAGGUGAGGGGUUAGGAUGGAGGUGAGGGGUUAGGAGGGAGGUGAGGGUUAGGAGGGAGGUGAGGGGUUAGGAGGGAGGUGAGGGUUAGGAGGGAGGUGAGGGGUUAGGAGAGAGGUGAGGGUUAGGAGAGAGGUGAGGGUUAGGAGGGAGGUGAGGGGUUAGGAGGGAGGUGAGGGGUUAGGAGGGAGGUGAGGGUUAGGAGGGAGGUGAGGGGUUAGGAGGGAGGUGAGGGUUAGGAGGGAGGUGAGGGGUUAGGAGGGAGGGUGAGGGUUAGGAGGGAGAUGAGGGGUUAGGAUGGAGGUGAGGGGUUAGGAGGGAGGUGAGGGUUAGGAGGGAGGUGAGGGUUAGGAGGGAGGUGAGGGGUUAGGAGGGAGGUGAGGGGUUAGGAGGGAGGUGAGGGUUAGGAGGGAGGUGAGGGUUAGGAGGGAGGUGAGGGGUUAAGCGUCUCUUUAUAUUUUGGGUGAUUCUGUGUCUUUUCUGCUGUAUCUUUUUUUAUUCUAUUAUGAGGCAGCCAUAUCACAAAGAGACAAGGGUAGUGGCAGAAGAUUAUUGUGGAAAACCCAUCACUAGCAUGUCCAAAGCUCUACUUGUCUACUUGGUCUUACAUCAGCCAGUAGAAAGGACUAUGUUUUUGCUCUUAGGACAAAAAAAUAGGUUACACAAAGAAAGUACUUUUUCUGAGUGAAUGUACUUUUCCCGAACAAAAGGCUUUGUCUCUUCCCAUUUGUCUCACCGUCCGUUGCGUGACUGCAGCCAGCCUUGGCCAGAGAACACACAUGCACACACACACACACACACACACACCACAAACAGGCACUCACUCACACACAGACACACACUGCGGCGUAGCGUAGGAGACACUACAUUACAUUACACUCCCUGAUCCCUGCCCCCCUCCCACCCCUCCUAAAUACAACCCUCCUACGAGACAUUGUGUCCAAGCCAUAGAUCAGUCCCUGCGGCUUCUGAUUGAAGACGAUUCAGCGUUCAGCAGAUUCUAAACUGUGGGGCAAACAUGGUCACUGUGUACUGCCAACAACAAACAAAAGAGCCAACUGUGGUUCCAGCAGUAUAACAACAACCAAGCUGUGAAGAGGCCCUCUCCCUCUAAUGCUCUAAUGACGCUCCACAGAAUCAUCAGCUGUACACCAUUACUGCUUAGCUUCCAUUGGGGUCCCAGGCUUUUCUGAGAACAGAGAGGGAUAGCUGCACAAGUGCAUAUUGGGGAGAUGGAGAGAUGUGUGUGUGUGUGUGUGUGUGGGGGGGGGGGGUGGGUUUCUCUUAGAAGUUUCCCAGAAAUCGCCACCUAUGUUCUGUUUUUUUUAGCAAAGUGUUGCUAGAAACCCCCCACUAGAAACCCUCCACUAGAAACCCCACACUAGAAACCCCACACUAGAAACCCCCCACUAGAAACCCCCACACUAGAAACCCCCCACUAGAAACCCCCCACUAGAAACCCCCCGUUAGAAACCCUCCACUAGAAACCCCCCACUAGAAACCCUCCACUAGAAACCCAACACUAGAAACCCCCCGCUAGAAACCCUCCACUAGAAACCCCCCACUAGAAACCCCCCACUAGAAACCCCACACUAGAAACCCCCCGCUAGAAACCCUCCACUAGAAACCCCCCACUAGAAACCCCCCACUAGAAACCCCCCACUAGAAACCCCCUGCUAGAAACCCCCCGCUAGAAACCCCACACUAGAAACCCCCCACUAGAAACCCCCCACUAGAAACCCCCCACUAGAAACCCCCGACUAGAAACCCCCCGCUAGAAACCCUCCACUAGAAACCCCCCACUAGAAACCCCACACUAGAAACCCCACACUAGAAACCCCCCACUAGAAACCCCACACUGACAGACAAACAGUGCGUGCCAUGCCACUGACUGAUUCUGAUUCCACAGAGAAGGAAUUCUAAACAGUCCUCUCAGUUUGUCAGCGGUUUGCUGCAGUUAAACAGGUGUGCUGCUGGAUGGAGUUAGUCUCUAGCUGCUGUCUUUUGACAUGAGCUAGACAGACAUAUUGUAUUACUUCAGCAAAUAUUGCCCCAUUGCAGAAAGCUCUAAUACAGCUUGGUUCACUGGGUCCCAUUUCUGUCAUGUCCAUUAUCAAGAGCUAUCUAAUCAGGUUAUUUUCUUCAAAUCUCAUCGAAUACAUUUUUUCUUCUGUGUAUUGAGGUCAGUGAUAGGAGUGUCAAACAAAUCUUCAAUUUCCCAUGCAAGGCACUAAACCAGCCAUCUUCUAUCUCCCAUCUCAUACCCUUCCCCUCUCUCCUCCCCUCCAUCCCCCCUCCUACCCCCUCCCCUCUCUCCUCCCCUCCAUCCCCCCUCCUACCCCCUCCAGCUCUGACCAGUUUCGAGGUGGUGAUCCAGUAUGGCCUGGCCACUCCAGAAGGGCUGGCUGUGGACUGGAUAGCAGGGAACAUCUACUGGGUGGAGAGUAACCUGGAUCAGAUAGAGGUGGCCAAACUGGACGGAACCAUGAGGACCACUCUACUGGCUGGUGAGGUGGAGCACCCACGGGCCAUCGCCCUCGACCCCAGAGACGGGUGAGGAAACAAAACUAUAGAUUACAGAACAGUAAAGUGUAGAUUAGCAAAGAACAGUAAAGUGUAGAUUAGUAUAGAACAGUAAAGCGUAGAUUAGUAUAGAACAGUAAAGUGUAGAUUAGUAUAGAACAGUAAAGCGUAGAUUAGUAUAGAACAGUAAAGUGUAGAUUAGUAUAGAACAGUAAAGCAUAGAUUAGUAUAGACGGGUUGGUUGUUUAGCAACAAAACCGACACGUGCUCAACUAUGGGGCAAAAAGACGUGGUUGGCUUAGAUUCUUGACAACAUUAAACCAUAUUUCGUCUCCAGUGUUUAUUGAAAACAUACAGUGGGGAGAACAAGUAUUUGAUACACUGCCGAUUUUGCAGGUUUUCCUACUUACAAAGCAUGUAGAGAUCUGUAAUUUUUAUCAUAGGUACACUUCAACUGUGAGAGACGGAAUCUAAAACAAAAAUCCAGAAAAUCACAUUGUAUGAUUUUUAAGUAAUUCAUUUGCAUUUUAUUGCAUGACAUAAGUAUUUGAUACAUCAGAAAAGCAGAACUUAAUAUUUGGUACAGAAACCUUUGUUUGCAAUUACAGAGAUCAUACGUUUCCUGUAGGUCUUGACCAGGUUUGCACACACUGCAGCAGGGAUUUUGGCCCAGUCCUCCAUACAGACCUUCUCCAGAUCCUUCAGGUUUCGGGGCUGUCGCUGGGCAAUACGGACUUUCAGCUCCCUCCAAAUAUUUUCUAUUGGGUUCAGGUCUGGAGACUGGCUAGGCCACUCCAGGACCUUGAGAUGCUUCUUACGGAGCCACUCCUUAGUUGCCCUGGCUGUGUGUUUCGGGUCGUUGUCAUGCUGGAAGACCCAGCCACGACCCAUCUUCAAUGCUCUUACUGAGGGAAGGAGGUUGUUGGCCAAGAUCUCGCGAUACAUGGCCCCAUCCAUCCUCCCCUCAAUAUGGUGCAGUCGUCCUGUCCCCUUUGCAGAAAAGCAUCCCCAAAUAAUGAUGUUUCCACCUCCAUGCUUCACGGUUGGGAUGGUGUUCUUGGGGUUGUACUCAUCCUUCUUCUUCCUCCAAACACGGCGAGUGGAGUUUAGACCAAAAAGCUCUAUUUUUGUCUCAUCAGACCACAUGACCUUCUCCCAUUCCUCCUCUGGAUCAUCCAGAUGGUCAUUGGCAAACUUCAGACGGGCCUGGACAUGCGCUGGCUUGAGCAGGGGGACCUUGUGUGCGCUGCAGGAUUUUAAUCCAUGACGGCGUAGUGUGUUACUAAUGGUUUUCUUUGAGACUGUGGUCCCAGCUCUCUUCAGGUCAUUGACCAGGUCCUGCCGUGUAGUUCUGGGCUGAUCCCUCACCUUCCUCAUGAUCAUUGAUGCCCCACGAGGUGAGAUCUUGCAUGGAGCCCCAGACCAAGGGUGAUUGACCGUCAUCUUGAACUUCUUCCAUUUUCUAAUAAUUGCGCCAACAGUUGUUGCCUUCUCACCAAGCUGCUUGCCUAUUGUCCUGUAGCCCAUCCCAGCCUUGUGCAGGUCUACAAUUUUAUCCCUAAUGUCCUUACACAGCUCUCUGGUCUUGGCCAUUGUGGAGAGGUUGGAGUCUGUUUGAUUGAGUGUGUGGACAGGUGUCUUUUAUACAGGUAACGAGUUCAAACAGGUGCAGUUAAUACAGGUAAUGAGUGGAGAACAGGAGGGCUUCUUAAAGAAAAACUAACAGGUCUGUGAGAGACGGAAUUCUUACUGGUUGGUAGGUGAUCAAAUACUUAUGUCAUGCAAUAAAAUGCAAAUUAAUUACCUAAAAAUCAUACAAUGUGCUUUGUAAGUAGGAAAACCUGCAAAAUCGGCAGUGUAUCAAAUACUUGUUCUCCCCACUGUAAAUACAUUUCCACAAUGAGCACUUGAUGUCUCUCAAAUACAGUGGGGGAAAAAAGUAUUUAGUCAGCCACCAAUUGUGAAAGUUCUCCCACUUAAAAAGAUGAGAGAGGCCUGUAAUUUUCAUCAUAUGUACACGUCAACUAUGACAGACAAAAUGAGAAAUGUUUUCUCCAGAAAAUCACAUUGUAGGAUUUUUAAUGAAUUUAUUUGCAAAUUAUGGUGGAAAAUAAGUAUUUGGUCACCUACAAACAAGCAAGAUUUCUGGCUCUCACAGACCUGUAACUUCUUCUUUAAGAGGCUCCUCUGUCCUCCACUCAUUACCUGUAUUAAUGGCACCAGUUUGAACUUGUUAUCAGUAUAAAAGACACCUGUCCACAACCUCAAACAGUCACACUCCAAACUCCACUAUGGCCAAGACCAAAGAGCUGUCAAAGGACACCAGAAACAAAAUUGUAGACCUGCACCAGGCUGGGAAGACUGAAUCUGCAAUAGGUAAGCAGCUUGGUUUGAAGAAAUCAACUGUGGGAGCAAUUAUUAGGAAAUGGAAGACAUACAAGACCACUGAUAAUCUCCCUCGAUCUGGGGCUCCACGCAAGAUCUCACCCCGUGGGGUCAAAAUGAUCACAAGAACGGUGAGCAAAAAUCCCAGAACCACACAGGGGGACCUAGUGAAUGACCUGCAGAGAGCUGGGACCAAAGUAACAAAGCCUACCAUCAGUAACACACUACGCCGCCAGGGACUCAAAUCCUGCAGUGCCAGACGUGUCCCCCUGCUUAAGCCAGUACAUAUCCAGGCCUGUCUGAAGUUUGCUAGAGUGCAUUUGGAUGAUCCAGAAGAGGAUUGGGAGAAUGUCAUAUGGUCAGAUGAAACCAAAAUAGAACUUUUUGGUAAAAACUCAACUCGUCGUGUUUGGAGGACAAAGAAUGCUGAGUUGCAUCCAAAGAACACCAUACCUACUGUGAAGCAUGGGGGUGGAAACAUCAUGCUUUGGGGCUGUUUUUCUGCAAAGGGACCAGGACGACUGAUCCGUGUAAAGGAAAGAAUGAAUGGGGCCAUGUAUCGUGAGAUUUUGAGUGAAAACCUCCUUCCAUCAGCAAGGGCAUUGAAGAUGAAACGUGGCUGGGUCUUUCAGCAUGACAAUGAUCCCAAACACACCGCCCGGGCAAUGAAGGAGUGGCUUCGUAAGAAGCAUUUCAAGGUCCUGGAGUGGCCUAGCCAGUCUCCAGAUCUCAACCCCAUAGAAAAUCUUUGGAGGGAGUUGAAAGUCUGUGUUGCCCAGCGACAGCCCCAAAACAUCACUGCUCUAGAGGAGAUCUGCAUGGAGGAAUGGGCCAAAAUACCAGCAACAGUGUGUGAAAACCUUGUGAAGACUUACAGAAAACGUUUGACCUGUGUCAUUGCCAACAAAGGGUAUAUAACAAAGUAUUUAGAAACUUUUGUUAUUGACCAAAUACUUAUUUUCCACCAUAAUUUGCAAAUAAAUUCAUUAAAAAUCCUACAAUGUGAUUUUCUGGAAAAUAAAUUCUCAUUUUGUCUGUCAUAGUUGACGUGUACCUAUGAUGAAAAUUACAGGCCUCUCUCAUCUUUUUAAGUGGGUGAACUUGCACAAUUGGUGGCUGACUAAAUACUUUUUUCCCCCACUGUACAUCAUUACAGUUAUCGGUUAGCUAGUUAGCAAACUUUUGCCAUAUUAGCAUAGAACGUGACAUCAGUCAAAAAAACUACAAAACAAGACAUGUUAUCAAUAACAAGAUACAAUGAGCUGAAACGAGCCACCUACGAUUCCCCACAUGGCAGCAUCUCGUCAUUGUUGCUAGCUAUCUGACCGUUCAGAAUCAUAACAACACACAGACUUCUGCCCCAUUGAAGCGCACGCAUUGUUUUCGCUACGUUGUGAGUUUACCCGUCUAUAGAACUGUGGAGAGUAGAUAAUAGGACCAUGAGGACCACCUAGCUGGGGUAGGUGAAGCACCCCAGGGCCAGCACACUGGACCCAUGCGAUGGGUAGAGAUACCAUGGAACCAUAGAACAGAUACUAUACAACCAUAGAACAGAUACCAUAGAACCGAUACCAUAGAACUAGCGUCGUCCAGGGUAGGGGAGGGAAUGGCCGGCAGGGAUGUAGCUCAGUUGGUAGAGCAUGGCGUUUGCAACGCCAGGGUUGUGGGUUUGAUUCCCACGGGGGGCCAGUAUGAAUUUUUUUUAAUAAAUGUAUGCACUCACUAACUGUAAGUCGCUCUGGAUAAGAGCGUCUGCUAAAUGUUUUUUUUUUUUUUUUACCUUUAUUUAAUUAGGAAAGUCAGUUAAGAACAAAUUAUUAUUUACAAUGACGGCCUACACCGGCCAAACCCGAACGACGCUGGGCCAAUUGUGCGCCGCCCUAUGGGACUCCCAAUCACGGCCGGUUGUGAUACAGCCUGGAAUCGAACCAGGGGGUCUGUAGUGACGCCUCAAGCACUGAGAUGCAGUGCCUUAUACCACUGCGCCACUCGGGAGCCCAAAUGACUAAAAUGUAAAUGUAAAACAGAUACCAUAGAACCAAAGAGCUAUAAUGGGAUUCCAUAGAGUUCUGUAGUACCUCUUCACACUCUCAUACUGUAUGUAUGACAUAAUGCUGCUGAAUAUUAUUGAAUGUGUGUUUCUCUUUGUUCUCUUUGUCUGUGUGUCUAGUAUUCUGUUCUGGACAGACUGGGAUGCCAGCUUGCCCAGGAUAGAGGCAGCAUCUAUGAGUGGUGAGGCCAGGAGGACUAUCCAUAAAGAGACUGGCAGCGGUGGCUGGCCAAACGGACUAACUGUAGACUAUAUGGAGAGACGCAUUGUCUGGAUCGAUGCCAGGUACUGUUGCUCUCCUUACUACAGACACACACACACACACACACACACACACACACACACACACACACACACACACACACACACACACACACACACACACACACACACACACACACACACACACACAGACACACACACACACACACACACAGACACACACACACACACACACACACACACACACACACACACCCUCACCCACUCACCUCAUAAAUGCUCUCUCCCCAGGUCUGAUGCCAUCUACUCUGCUCUGUAUGACGGCUCUGGUCUGAUCGAGGUGCUGAGGGGUCAUGAGUACCUGUCUCAUCCCUUUGCUGUCACCAUGUACGGAGGAGAGGUGUACUGGACAGACUGGAGGACCAACACCUUGGCCAAGGCUAACAAGUGGACCGGCAACAACGUAACCGUGGUCCAACGCACCAACACACAACCCUUUGACCUGCAGGUGUAUCAUCCAUCCAGACAGCCCCAGGGUAGGUCACACGGACGGACGGACGCUUACAUUUAUACAUACAUUGCCUUCAGAAAGUAUUCAUACCCCUUGACUUAUUCUACAUUUUGUUGUUACAGCCUGAAUUCAAAAUUGAUUAAAUAUAUUUAUUUUCUCAUCCAUCUACAAACAAUACCCCAUAAUGACAGUGAAAACAUAUUUUUAGACAUUUUUUGCAAAUUUAAGAAAAUGAAAUACAGAAAUAUCUCAUUUACAUAAGUACUCACACUCCUGAGUCCAUAAUUUGUAGAAGCACCUUUGGUAGUGAUUACAGCUGUGAGUCUUUCUGGGUAUGUCUCUAAGACUAAAACUAGCCGCCGAAAUUGUCGCAACCCCUAUUACUAGUCUGUUCAACCUCUCUUUCAUAACGUCUGAGAUCCCCAGAGAUUGGAAAGCUGCCGUGGUCAUCCCCCUCUUCAAAGGGGGUGACACUCUAGAUCCAAACUGCUACAGACCUAUAUCCAUCCUGCCCUGCCUUUCGAAAGUAUUUGAAAGCCAAGUUAACAAACAGAUCACCGACCAUUUCGAAUACCACCGUACCUUCUCCGCUAUGCAAUCCGGUUUCCGAGCUGGUCAUGGGUGCACUUCAGCCACACUCAAGGUCCUAAACGAUAUUAUAACCGCGAUUGAUAAUAGACAGUACUGUGCAGCCGUCUUCAUCGACCUGGCCAAGGCUUUCGACUCUGUCAACCACCGCAUUCUUAUUGGCAGACUAAAUAGCCUCGGUUUCUCAAAUGACUGCCUCGCCUGGUUCACCAACUACUUCUCAGAUAGAGUUCAGUGUGUCAAAUCGGAGGGCCUGUUGUCUGGACCUAUGGCAGUCUCUAUGGGGGUGCCACAGGGUUCAAUUCUUGGGCCGACACUUUUCUCUGUGUAUAUCAAUGAUGUCGCUCUUGCUGCUGGUGACUCUCAGAUCCACCUCUACGCAGACGACACCAUUUUGUAUACAUCUGGCCUUUCAUUGGACACUGUGUUAACAAACCUCCAAACGAGCUUCAAUGCCAUACAACACUCCUUCAGUAGCCUCCAACUGCUCUUAAACACUAGUAAAACUAAAUGCAUGCUUUUCAAUCGAACGCUGCUGGCACCCGCCCACCCGACUAGAAUCACCACUCUCGACGGGUCUGACCUAGAGUAUGUGGACAACUACAAAUACCUAGGUGUCUGGUUAGACUGUAAACUCUCCUUCCAGACUCACAUUAAGAAUCUCCAAUCCAAAGUUAAAUCUAGAAUCGGCUUCCUAUUUCGCAACAAAGCCUCCUUCACUCAUGCUGCCAAACAUGCCCUCGUAAAACUGACUAUCCUACCGAUCCUUGACUUCGGCGAUGUCAUUUACAAAAUAGCCUCCAACACUCUACUCAGCAAACUGGAUGUAGUCUAUCACAGUGCCAUCCGUUUUGUCUCCAAAGCCCCAUACACUACCCACCACUGUGACCUGUACGCUCUUGUUGGCUGGUCCUCACUACAUGUUCGUCGUCAAACCCACUGGCUCCAGGCCAUCUAUAAAUCACUGCUAGGCAAAUCCCCGCCUUAUCUUAGCUCAUUGGUCACCAUAGCAGCACCCACCCGUAGUCUGCGCUCCAGCAGGUAUAUCUCACUGGUCAUUCCCAAAGCCAACACCUCCUUUGGCCGCCAUUCCUUCCAGUUCUCUGCUGCCAAUGACUGGAACGAAUUGCAAAAAUCUCUGAAGCUGGAGACUCUUAUCUCCCUCAAUAACUUUAAGCAUCAGUUGUCAGAGCACCUUACCGAUCACUGCACCUGUACACAGCCCAUCUGAAAUUAGCCCACCCAACUACCUCAUCCCUAUAUUGUUAUUUAUUUUGCUCUUUUGCACCCCAGUAUCUCUAUUUGCACAUAAUCUCUUGCACAUCUAGCAUUCCAGUGUUAAUACUAUUGUAAUUAUUUUGCACUAUAGCCUAUUUAUUGCCUUACCUCCAUAACUUGCUACAUUUGCACCACUGUAUAUAUAUUUUCUGUUGUAUUUUUGACUUUAUGUUUUUUUUACCCCAUAUGUAACUCUGUGUUGUUUUUAUCGCACUGCUUUGCUUUAUCUUGGCCAGGUCGCAGUUGUAAAUGAGAACUUGUUCUCAACUGGCUUACCUGGUUAAAUAAAGGUGAAAUAAAAUACACAAAUAAAAAAGAGCUUUCAACACCUGGAUUGAGCAACAUUUACCCAUUAUUAUUUUCAAAAUUCUUCAGGCUUUGUCAAAUUGGUUGUUGAUCAUUGCUAGACAAACAUUUUCAGGUCUUGCCUUAGAGUUUCAAGAAGAUUUAAGCCAAAAUUGUAACUCGGCCACUUGGGAACAUUCGCUGUCUUCUUGGUAAGCAACUCCAGUGUAGAUUUGGCCUUGUGUUUUAGGUUAUUGUCCUGCUGAAAGGUGAAUUCAUCUCCCAGUGUCUGGUGGAAAGCGGAUUGAACCAGAGUUUCCUCUAGGAUUUUGUCUGUGCUUAGCUCCAUUCCGUUUUUUUAAAUUCUAAAAAACUCCCCAGUCCUUAACGAUUACAAGCAUACCCAUAACUUGAUGCAGCCACCACUAUGCUUGAAAAUAUGGAGAGUGGUACUCAGUAAUGUGUUGUAUUGGAUUUGCCCCAAACAUAACACUUUGUAUUCAGGACAAAAAGUUAAUUGCUUUGCCACAUUUGUUGCAGUAUUACUUUAGUGCCUUCUUGCAAACGGGAUGCAUGUUUUGGAAUAUUUGUAUUCUGUACAGGCUUUUUUCUUUUCACUCUGUCAAUUAGGUUAGUAUUGUGGAGUAACUAUAAUGUUGUUGAUCCAUCUUCAGUUUUCUUCUAUCACAGCCAUUCAAAUCUGUAACUGUUUUAAAGUCACCAUUGGCCUCAUGGUGAAAUCCCUGAGUGGUUUCCUUCCUCUCCGGCAACAGAGUUAGGAAGGACGCCUAUAUAUUUUUAGUGCAAAGUGUAAUUAAUCAUUUCACCAUACUCAAAGGGAUAUUCAAUGUCUGCUUUUUUAUUAUUUUUUGCCAAUCAACCAAUAGGUGCCCUUCUUUGCGAGGCAUUGGAAAACCUCCAUGGUCUUUGUGGUUGAAUCUGCUCAACUGAGGGACCUUACAGAUAAUUGUAUGUGUUGGGUACAGAGAUGAGGGAGUCCAUGCAACUUGUGACUUGUUAAGCCAAUCUUUCCUCCUGAACUCAUUUAGACUUGCCAUAACAAAGGAGUUGAAUACUUAUUGACUCAAGACAUUUCAGCUUUUCAUUUUUAUUAAUUUGGAAAAAUGUUGGAAAACACAAUUUCACUUUGACAUGAUGGGGUAUUGUGUGUAGGCCAGUGACAAAACAUCUCAAUUUAAUCAAUUUUAAAUUCAGGUUGUAACGUAACAAAAUGUGGGGAAGAGUCAAGGGGUGUGAAUACUUUCUGAAGACAACGUACACACGCACGCAUGCACGCCGACACACACAAGCCACUCUUACUGCUACUGUAACUGGACUGGGACACACACUGGUGCAGUGUUGAAUGAAAGGGCAGGACUGAGUGGUACACUAGACUCCAGACCUGCUGAAUCCAAACACUCAACUCCCCUCAGACAACUGACCUUUCACUACUGUCCCAUGUGUUGUGUUGCCUCCAUGAUCUUGUGAAUCACACACACACGCUGUGGAUAAUAAAGGCCACACACUGCAGUAUUUGGCCUUUUAGACUCAAUAGUAGAAUACACAAGGUGCAAUUUUGAAAUUUGGUUCUUCAGCAGUUUUCCUCUUGUUAUGUCAGUCACUGAUAAUCAAUUAGCUCAGGUCAGCUAAAAUUUUUUAGAUUGCUAAAUUAGUUUAGCGACCAGCUAUCUAAGCUUGUUAUCAUGGUUGAAUUACCGGCCGGGGGGCACCGCAAGCAACUGCGGACACUCAUGAUGAGUUCAGAUUUUUGGUGGCCCCCACCCCCAUCAACGUUGCCCAUCCCUGAUGUGCAGUAGACAGUAUAUAUGGUGGCCAAGACCAACUGGGUUUAGAUAGGUUGUAUUGAACUGGGUUUAGAUAGGUUGUGUUGAUCUGGGCUUAGAGAGAUUGUGUUGGUCUGGGAUUAGAUAAAUUGUGUUGAUCUGGGAUUAGAUAGGUUGUGUUGAUCUGGGAUUAGAUAGAUUGUGUUGAUCUGGAUUUAGAUAGGUUGUGUUGAUCCAGGUUGUGUUGAUCUGGGCUUAGAUAGGUUGUGUUGAUCUUGAAGACACACUCUGUAGACAGAUUGAGACCGCUUAUCAUGUGGUGUGACUAACUCAUUAUACACUGAGUGGACAAAACAUUAGGAACACCUUUCUAAUAUUGAGUUGCACCCCUUUUGCCCUCAGAACAGCCUCAAUUCGUCGGGGCAUGGACUCUAUAAGGUGUCGAAAACGUUUCACAGGAAUCCUGGCCCAUGUUGACUCCAAUGCUUCCCAUAGUUGUGUCAAGUUGGCUGGAUCAUUUGGGGGGGGCGGGGGGUGGACCUUAUUGAUACACACAGGAAACUGUUGAGCGUUGAAAAACCCAGCACACAAACCAAUGCCCCUGGCACCUAUUACCAUACCUUCAAAGGCACUUAAAUAUUUUGUCUCGCCCAUUCACCCUCUGAAUGGCACAUAUACACAAUCCAUGUCUCAAUUGUCUCAAGGCUUAAAAAUCCUUCUUUAACCUGUCUCCUCCCCUUCAUCUACACUGAUUGGUGUGGAUUUAUCAAGUGAAAUCAAUAAGGGAUCAUAGCUUUCACCUGGAUUCACCUGGUCAGUCUAUGUCAUGGAAAGAGCAGGUGUUCUUAAUGUUCUGUACACUCAGAAUAUAUUGUUGUGACAUACUCUAUAUACAGUAUAGAUGUCCAGUGGCCUAGAUGUCCAGUCAUAUGGCGUCUUACACUAUAUGAUGUGACAUGGGUACUCCAUGUAUAUAGUGACCAGUGGCCUACUAUACUGUAGGUGUCCCUGAGCUGUUACUGUUAGUUAGUCAGUCAGUGGUUAAUAGAGGCAGACUUGGCCCUGAGCUGAUCACACAGUGGUUAGCACAAGGAGAGAGCUGAUCACAGUGGUUAGCACAAGGAGAGAGCUGAUCACAGUGGUUAGCACAAGGAGAGAGCUGAUCACAGUGGUUAACACAAGGAGAGAGCUGAUCACAGUGGUUAACACAAGGAGAGAGCUGAUCACAGUGGUUAGCACAAGGAGAGAUCUGAUCACAGUGGUUAACACAAGGAGAGAGCUGAUCACAGUGGUUAACACAAGGAGAGAGCUGAUCACAGUGGUUAACACAAGGAGAGAGCUGAUCACAGUGGUUAACACAAGGAGAGAGCUGAUCACAGUGGUUAACACAAGGAGAGAGAUGAUCACAGUGGUUAACACAAGGAGAUAGAUGAUCACAGUGGUUAACACAAGGAGAGAGCUGAUCACAGUGGUUAACACAAGGAGAGAGCUGAUCACAGUGGUUAACACAAGGAGAGAGCUGAUCACAGUGGUUAACACAAGGAGAGAUCUGAUCACAGUGGUUAGCACAAGGAGAGAGCUGAUCACAGUGGUUAACACAAGGAGAGAGAUGAUCACAGUGGUUAACACAAGGAGAUAGAUGAUCACAGUGGUUAACUCAAGGAGAUAGCUGAUCACAGUGGUUAACACAAGGAGAUAGCUGAUCACAGUGGUUAACAUUUCUUCUUCCCCUCUCUCCCUCAGCUCCUAACCCUUGUGCCACCGCUGAUGGGCAGAGCCCCUGUUCUCACCUGUGUCUGAUCAGCUACAACCAGACCUUCUCCUGUGCCUGCCCUCACCUCAUGAAGCUCCAGGCCGACAAACGCACCUGCAAAGGUAGGAAGCAACACACACACAUACUCAGAGGGCUGAGUGAUGACCAAUGGGUCUGAGCGAUGACCAAUGGGUCUGAGCGAUGACCAAUGGGUCUGAGCGAUGACCACUGGGCUGGAACUGGGUCUGAAUGUGUGUGACUUUGUGAUGUGUUGAUAGUAACCCUUCCACUGUAUCCCUUGUCUCUUCCAUUCUCUCCCCUACCAGAGUCCCGUCAGUUCCUGCUGUAUGCCCGUCAGAUAGAGAUAAGGGGAGUGGACAUAGACAACCCCUACUAUAAUUACAUCAUCUCCUUCACCGUGCCAGACAUAGACAACGUGACUGUGGUGGACUAUGAUGCUCUGGAGAACCGUAUCUACUGGUCAGAUGUCCGAACCCAGACCAUCAAGAGAGCCUUCAUCAAUGGGACUGGAGUGGAGACUGUGGUGUCUGCUGGUAGGAAGCCCACUUUAGCUUGGGAUCAGACCUGAGUUCCCAAAUAGUACUUGUUUUCUUUCAAAUAUAUUUUUGGAGUGCCAGGUGUGCGAGGUUUGCACCUUUAAGACUAUAAGUUCCAAAGUUCAAGGCAAGUUCAAUGAAGAGCAGCUAAAGUCUUUGAAAGAAAACAAAUACUGCUUUGGAAUCCACUGGGCAAAUGUUGGAUCAAAGAAUUAGUUUAUUUAAUGUAGUUAGUGGUUUAGUUAAUAUUGCCUGUAUGUGUGCUUGUUUUUUCAGACCUGCCCAACGCCCAUGGUCUGGCAGUAGACUGGAUGUCUAGGAACCUGUUCUGGACCAGCUAUGAUGCCAAUAAGAAACAGAUCAACGUGGCCAGACUGGACGGAUCCUUUAAGAACGCUGUCAUCCAGGGCCUUGAUAAACCCCACUGUCUGGUCCUGCACCCUAUACUGGGGUGAGUGGGAUACGCAUACACACAGGCCCGCACACAUAUACACACAUGCACGUUGAUGUUGUCAUUGUGAUUUCAGUCGUGUGACAGUCAAACCAAGCUUGAUGUAUAUUAUAAACUGGAUGGUUCGAACCCUGAAUGCUGAUUGGCUGACAGCCGUGGUAUAUCACGUGUAUGACAAAACAUUUAUUAUAUUACGUUGGUAACCAGUUUAUAAUAGCAAUAAGGCACCUCGGGGGUUUGUGAUAUAUGGCCAAUAUACCACUGCUAAGGGCUGUAUCCAGGGACUCCAUGUUGCGUCGUGCGUAAGAACAGCCCUUAGCCGUGGUAUGUUGGCCAUAUACUACACCCCCUCUGGCCUUAUUGCCAUCAUGUGUGUGUCCUUCUCCAGAAAGCUGUACUGGACUGAUGGGGACAACAUCAGUAUGGCCAACAUGGAUGGCAGCAACCGUACCACGCUCUUCACCAAUCAGAGGAGCCCUAUAGGUGAGUGGGUGAACGCUAACACUGUGGUGUAGAACAAUGCUGAGAGCGUGAACGGAGUGAAAGAAAGUGCGAGCCAGAGUGACGAGAGAGAAGAGGGGAGAGAGAGAGAGAGAGAGGAGAGAGAGAAGAGAUGAGGCACGGAGAGAAGGGAAGGGGGAGAGGAGAAGAGAGGAGAGAGAGAAGAGAGAGAUGGAGAGAGAAGAGAGGAGAGGAGAGAGAGAAGAGACAGAGAAGAGAGGAGAGAUAGAAGAGAGAGAGAGAGCAGAUAGAGAGAGAUCGAGAAGUGAGAGAGAUGGUGGUGGUCUGUCCCUAUGGUCCCCUCCAGGCUGUAGAGACUGACGAAGAGACUGGUGGAAGGGGAGAGAAGAGAGUGACGGAGUGUGUGUGCUACUGUCCUUUCUGUCCCCUCCAGGCCUGUCUGAGACUACGACAACUGUGAAAAGAGAAGCUGUACUGGGUGUAGUCAGGAACGGCACCGUCCUCGCUGUACUGUACGCUCGGCAGGAGUCCUGGACGGGUCAAACCAGGAACUGACCAAGCCUCGCUUGUGCCAUCAUGGGUAGGUCCUGGACUUAGUGUUAUACCGGCAAAACCCAAAGUGCAAAAACCGUCUUUUGCAUUUGAGAGAUAGGUGUGUGUCAUUCGUUAUGAAAAAAGCUUUUAAAAUUGGUCAAUUGAUUAAAACAUGAAGAUCGAGAACAUUUUCUUGAAGCUUGAGCUUGAGGCCAUUGUGUGUGUGUGUGUGUGUGUGUGUGUGUGUGUGUGUGUGUGUGUGUGUGUGUGUGUGUGUGUGUGUGUGUGUGUGUGUGUGUGUGUGUGUGUGUGUGUGUGUGUGUGUAGGGGACAAGCUGUGGUGGGCCGACCAGGGUACAGACCAGAUAGGGACCUGUGAUAAGAGUGACGGGGGGAACUGGAAGGUGCUACGUAACAACACUUCUCCCAUGAUGCACAUGAAGAUCUACAACGAGAGCAUGCAGACAGGUACAGGUAGGAUAUCACUGAUGAUGUCACACUGAGGAUGCCACACUGACGAUGUCACACUUACCAACUUACCAGGUAAAACUGAGAUAAGUUAAUGAAUGAAUGAAUGACACUAUGCAACUGAAUGAAUAAUAAAUGUUUUUGUUUUUGACUGUGAGUUUUUCAAAAGUCCUGUUUUUGUUAUUAUUGUUUGGCUGUAUUUUGAACUGUAUUUUAUUCUCUGUUGUCCCAGGCAUCAACCUGUGUAGCAGGAACAAUGGAGACUGUUCCCAGCUGUGCCUGCCCACCUCCGCUAGCACCAGAGCCUGUAUGUGUACCGCAGGGUACAGCCUCAAGAGUGGACAGCAGUCCUGCGAGGGUAAGAGACCAACACAUUUUCAAUACUUUAUUCAAAUCCACAAAUCACAUUACUUUGCACAAUUAUUCAAAUCAUUUAAAAGGUGACAGGAGCAUGGUCAUUCAUAUAUCCUAUAUAUAGCUAUACUGUCCCAGACACCCCCAGAAUAUACUGUAACAGUAGUUAAUAACUGUUCUGUACUCUCUCUCCAGGCAUGGGCUCCUUCCUGCUCUACUCAGUACAUGAGGGCAUUAGAGGAAUACCCCUGGACCCGUCUGAUCAAUCCGAUGCCCUGGUGCCCGUGUCUGGCACCUCGCUGGCUGUGGGCAUUGACUUCCACGCUGGUGAGUGUACUGCUAUGGCCCUACCAACAACAAUACGAGAGUUUGGUUUGAGGAUCAAGUCACACCAACCGUACUGUGAAGAUGUGUACCUGAUCUGUUAUUACACUGUACCUGCCUGAGGGAUUGUUGUAUCCAGUUACUAACAGUCAUCACUCUGUCCCGUCCUGUAGACAAUGACACUAUCUACUGGGUGGACAUGGGACUGAGCACCAUCAGCAGAGCUAAGAGAGACCAGACCUGGAGAGAAGACGUGGUGACCAACGGCAUCGGCAGGGUGGAGGGCAUCACUGUGGACUGGAUAGCAGGUCAGAAAACAACCACACACACACACAAACACAUGGAUACACACAUGCAUGGACCAUACAGAAGUACGCACGCACACACACACACACACACACACACACACACACACACACACACACGGAUACACACAUGCAUGGACCAUACACAUGCACACACACACACACACACACACACACACACACACACACACACACACACACACACACACACACACGGAUACACACAUGCACACACACACACACACACACACACACACACACACACACACACACACACACACACACACACACACACACACACACACACACACUCUGACUCCUCAUGUCCCUCCCCUGUCAGGUAACAUCUACUGGACAGACCAGGGCUUUGACGUGAUCGAGGUGGCCAGACUCAAUGGUUCCUUCCGCUAUGUGGUCAUCUCCCAGGGUCUGGACAAGCCCCGUGCCAUCACCGUCCACCCAGAGAGAGGGUGAGUGGCUAGGGACUGGGGCUUGGAUACUGGGGCUUGGCUACUGGGGCUUGGGGCUGGGACUGGGACUGGGGAUUGGCUACUGGGACUAGGGCUGAGACUGGGGCUUGGCUUCUGGGGCUGGGACUGGGGCUUGGCUACUGGAGCUUGGACUGGGGCUGGGGACUGGGGUUUGGCUACUGGGGCUGGGACUGAGGCUUGGCUACUGGGAGUGGGGCUUGGCUACUGGGGCUGGGACUGGGGCUUGGCUACUGGGGCUUGGCUAUUGGCGCUGGGACUGGGGCUUGGCUACUGGGACUGGGGCUUGGCUACUGGGGCUGGGGCUUGGAUACUGGGCUGGGGCUUGGCUACUGGGGCUGGGACUGGGGCUUGGCUACUGGGGCUGGGACUGGGGCUUGGCUACUGGGGCUGGGGCUGGGGCUUGGCUACUGGGGCUGGGGCUUGGCUACUGGGGCUGGGACUGGGGCUUGGCUACUGGGGCUGGGGCUGGGGCUUGGCUACUGGGGCUUGGCUACUGGGGCUAGGGCUUGGCUAUUGGGGCUGGGGCCUGUCUACUGGGGCUGGGGCUUGGCUACUGGGGCUGGGACUGGGGCUUGGCUAUUGGGGCUGGGGCCUGUCUACUGGGGCUUGGCCUUGGCUACUGGGGCUAGGGCUUUGCUACUGGGGCUGGGGCUUGUGUGUCUGUGUAUAGUGUAGUGCUCUAUGUGUCAUAACAUGGUUACCUAUGGACUAUUAUUAGUCCAGCAACCAACAAUGUUUGCACUUUGAUUAAUAAUUACAAGCAGUAGCUGGUUAUAUGAUUGUACACUGUAAAUAAUAUUUUAUUGUGCUAUUUAAUCUAUAGAGAGCAAAAAUAGCAUACAUUGCUUGCUUUCAAACUCAUAUGAGUGUGUGUGUGUGUGUCUCUGUGUCCCUGCAGGUAUCUGUUCUGGACAGAGUGGGGUCAGGUCCCCCGUAUAGAGAGAGCCCGUCUGGAUGGUUCUCAGAGAGUCGUCUUGGUCAAUGACAGCAUCAUGUGGCCCAACGGAAUCUCCAUUGACUACAAGGCACAGUACACACACACAAUUUAUUUAUAGAGGUUUCACUUUAUUUGCAAUAUAUUUAAGAUUAAUUAUAAACCUUCUUUCGGAUUCACACCUAUCAAGCAUUUUUCUCCUCUUUACAACCUUGUUGUUUCGAAAAAACAGUUAGAAUAUUUUUCUGAUUCAUAUUGUUGUUCUUAUUGUUUGUGUGUGUAGGAGGGCCUGUUGUACUGGUGUGAUGCGCGGACCGAUAGGAUAGAGCGUAUCAAUCUGGAGAAUGGAGAAAACAGAGAGCUGGUGCUGGCCAAUAACAACAUGGACAUGUUCGCUGUGUCCGUCUUCGAGGGCUUCAUCUACUGGAGUGACAGGUGAGAUCACUGCUGUCCUAUCCCUGUCACCUCCUCUCUUUGUUUAACCCUUAAUAUUCCCUGCUGCCCUGCUAUAGUAUGCUUGACUAACUUCACUAAAGACCUUGUCUCCUAUAAGGAGCAUUGACCAUUGACGAACAGUAAGGACUACAGUUUGCACUGGGAUUAAAUUUUCUUCAAAGUCUAUUUAAAUUGACUGACAGUCUUGUAUGUGAGAUUGCUGUGCUAGCCCUCUGUCUUCAUCCAGUAUCCCCUUUGCAUGCGUUUCAUUUACUACGAAUGUUGUUGUUUUUCCUCAAAGCCUGUUUGAAAGUGACUGAUAGUGGUUUGUGUGUUGUGUUGGACCAGGACUCAUGCCAACGGUUCUAUCAAGAGAGGCAACAAAGACAACGCUACAGAAUAUGUGUAUCUGAGGACAGGCAUCGGUGUACAGCUGAAGGACAUCAAGGUCUUCAACAGGGACAGGCAACAAGGUAAGGGUUGUGGUGCAUUUCAUUUUAAAUCGGUCCACUCAGGAAAUUAAAUUGAUAUUCCAAAUGAAAAAUGUAAAAGCGUGAGUUAUUUUUAUUCCCUUCCUGGAUUGAAUUGGAAUGGAAUUCUCUCUAACCCUGGUGUGCUGCGUUUAGUUGUAUGAGACUGAUGUGUGUGACCAGUGUGUGUGUCUAUGAAACGGAUGUGUGUGACCAGUGUGUGUGUCUAUGAGACUGAUGUGUGUGACCAGUGCGUGUGUCUAUGA